GAGGGUAUAAAAGAGUGAUGAGGAGGUGUCACGAAAGCAGAAAGUCUUAGGAGACUGCAAACAUGCUCAGGUUUCUUCUGUUGACCUCUCUCGCAGCCUUGGUGCUGGCUGUGCCCCAGCCCAGGUACCUGGAGCACAACACUGCUGAGGAGAGAGUUGUUGGAGGCGAGGUGGCCAGACCUAACUCUUGGCCUUGGCAGAUCUCCCUUCAGUACAAAUCCGGCAGCUCCUUCUACCACACCUGUGGAGGAACCCUGGUCAAGGCAGGAUGGGUGAUGACCGCUGCUCACUGUGUGGACAGAACCAUGACUUGGCGAGUUGUUCUUGGCGAUCACAACAUCAACACCAACGAGGGCAGAGAGCAGUACAUGAGYGUGAGCCAAGUCUACGUUCACCCAAACUGGAACUCCAACAACGUCGCUGCAGGCUACGACAUUGCUCUGCUGCGCCUGUCAACAAACGCUGUUCUCAACAACUAUGUCCAGCUCGCCUCCCUGCCUCCCUCCGGCCAGGUUCUGCCCCACAACAACAACUGCUACAUCACAGGAUGGGGACGCACCCAGACUGGUGGUAACCUGUCCACUCAGCUGAAACAAGCCUACCUGCCUGUUGUUGCCCACAGCACCUGCUCACAGUACGACUGGUGGGGCAGCACUGUGAAGAACACCAUGGUGUGUGCUGGUGGUGGCAGUGAUUCUGGCUGUCAGGGUGAUUCUGGUGGCCCCCUGAACUGCAGUGUCAACGGUCAGUGGGUUGUCCACGGUGUGACCAGCUUCGUGUCUUCCAGCGGCUGCAACACUUACAAGAAGCCCACCGUCUUCACCCGUGUGUCUGCUUAUACCAGCUGGAUGAACAGCAUCAUGGGCUGAGAAGAGAAACCGUUCCCAUGGAAAUGGCAGAAAAUCCUGGAUUCAUCUCUAAGGCCAUCGGAAUAAACUGUUCUUUAAAAGGCAUA